AUGGUCUGCUGGGAUACAUUUACCCUGAAAGUCGACCCCAUGGCCAAAGUCGUGCACAUCCCCAGCGCACGCAAAUUUUGGGAUACCUCGCUGCAUGACAUGACGUGUCUGAAUGACGGGGAGAUUGCCAUGAUCUUCACCAUCUACUCCUCUUCGCUCGGCUCCAUGACGGAUGCCGAAGUGGAGCGUCUCUUCAAGGCGUCCAAGCAAACCGUCGUUUCGUCGUUCCAAUCGGCAGCCGAACACGCCUUGAUGAGGUGCGACCUUGUCAAUACGACCGACCUUGUCACACUCCAGGCCUUUGUCCUCUUCAUCGUGUUGGCGGCGUUUGCCGACGAAACUCGGAAAUCCUGGGUGCUCACGGGCAUGGCCCACCGACUGACCUACUCGCCGCCGGACGAAAGUUCGCCAUUCCGCGCCGAAAUCACGAGGCGCCUCCGCUGGAGGCUCUGGUACUUGGACCACCGCAGGUACGAGGACGGCGGCGUCCGCACGACGUCCUGCAACAUCGGCGGCCUCGAAACCCUCCCGCUCAACGUUCGCGACGUCGACCUCGACCCGGACAUGACCGCGCUCCCGCUCCCUUACCACGGCUGGACGGAAAUCAGCUUCUCUCUCGCCCGGCUCAACAUCGCGCUCACCUGGCACAGGGUGAAAUGUCUGCCGUCCGUCACGCAGCGACUAGCGGCCAUUGAUGCGUGCGAAGCGCAGCUCAAGCAUGCAUACCUCCAAUUUUGUGACGGGAUGCUACCCAUCCAUUGGCUAGCCAACCACGUGUCCUACGUGCAGCUCAUGGAAAUGCGCUUCAAAACCAUCCAGGUUGCGCCAUUCCCCGUCACCGCGCACGAGCACGGUAUACAUCACGGCGGCGAACUGUGGGCCACGUCCAAGAAGCGCGACGAGCUCUUCCUCGCCGCCAUCGACAUUGCGGAUAUCCCGCGCCGCUUGUCCAUGGAACCCGGGGCGCGCCAGUGGCUCUGGACCCUGAAGGGCUACAUGCAAUUCGUGCCCCUGUCGUUUUUGCUCGCCGAGCUCCGCUACCGCCAGGCUUCGGAGGUCGUGGAACGGGGGUGGGAGGUGGCGAGGAAGGCGCUUUCGCGGCAGAAGAAUCCCCGGGAGGAAUCCAAGGAGGCUUUCCGGUACCUGAGCAGUCUCAUGCGCGAGGCCCAGCAGGAACGGCACGCGAGAGAGGAAAAGUACCAGCAGUUGGAAAUGAUGAACGUGUUGGGCGGGGUGAACCUUUACCAGCUCCCGCAGGAACUCGGCCCAUUCCAUGUAGAUCCCGCGGGAAUCCAAAUCCAAACGCCCAUAUGCCCCUUGUGGCCGGCGCAGGACUCUCCUGCCCCACCGCCUCCGGCCGAAUCCGGCGAAGAGAACCUCUUUAUUGUAUCCACCUUUGACCAACCGGGUCCUACUAACUCAACACUGAGAUGA